AUGGCUUUGCCUCGCGAUUUCGAGUUCCCCGUCGCCUCCUUUGACAUGGAUACGUCAGAGUGGGAGAUCGUGUAUAAACUGGCUGGCAAGUUGUGGUCCUGCAAACAGAACCACACGCCCUUUGACGUGGUCGCUUGGGAUGGCAACUAUGUGCCUUUCAAAUAUGCCGUCGAGAAGUUUGUCAACGCCGCCUUCGUGGACAAGGACCAAGCCGACCCCAGUUUGUACACCGUCUUGACGGCGAAGUCCAAGAUGCCCGGUAUACCCGCAACAGAUGUCAUGUUCUUCACGCCAAAGUGGUCUUCGGCAACGAAUACCUUUCGACCUCCCUAUUAUCAUCGGAAUAUGUCAACGGAGGUGGUGGGAAUUGUGUAUGGCGGUUACAAGGGCACCAGUCGCAACUUGGAAGCUGGUGGCCUGAGUUUCCAGUCGAGCUUCAUGCCUCAUGGAGAAACCCAUGAGGCAUUUGUGCAAGCGACUACCAACGAGUUAAAGGCCCAACGCGUCGGAGAAGGUUUUCUCGCACUCACUGCGCAGUGA